AUGAUCAACUCCUUUCAGCAACCUGUACACCCAACUAUAGCUUUCGUCAUCACCGUUCCUAUCAAGCUACAAUCAGCGACGGUGGAGAUAGACUGGAAAACACUGUAUGACGAGCAAGCAGUCCUCAUCCACGUCGCGCUCGAUAAGCCAAAGGCGCUCUCCUGGAUUGGGAUCGGGUUUUCCGAUCAUGGCCUUUACAACAAUUCGGAUCUUUGCGUUUUGGAGAGCAAUGGGAACUUUUUUGAUCAUUACAUCGACGACCGCCACUAUUUACAAAUGGAUCUCAGCCAGGAUUGUGAGCUCGUCGAGUUUACUGACCAGGGUUUUGUCUUCAAGCGCCGUUUCUCUACGUGCGAUCCCCGAGAUUAUUCAAUCGAGCAAGGCACCACCCAAUUUCUGGUGGUCGCCUCGACAUACGGUUUAGCCGAGGUGACUUCUUUGCUUGAGCCAGCGAUCGAGAAAAAUAUUGGCUACGGUCAGAUUAUUUCUAUGGAGCUGCCCGUGCCGGAGAUUACCGACAACUCCGUGUCAACGUUUGAAAUCACGGCUAAAAACGAAGAAACGACAUAUUGGUGUAUUAUUCAAAAGAUGCCCGCCGAAUUGCAGAGACAAAAACAUCAUGCUAUAAGGCUCGAGCCGAUAAUCCAGGCCGGCAAUGAGCAUUUGGUGCAUCAUAUGGAGAUUUUCCAUUGUCUCUCCCCGAAAACGGUCGAUUUUACCGGGGAAUGUCGCGACAAAAAACGGAGACCAGAUUUUGCGAAAUCUUGUAGUCAAGUGAUUGCAGCGUGGGCAAAAGGCGCGGAGGCCAUUGUCUACCCUCCGGAAACCGGGCUGCCAAUGGGAGGGCCGGAUACAGUCCCGUAUAUCAUGGUCGAGAUCCAUUACAAUAAUGAACUCCGGACGGCCGGGGUUAUCGAUAGUUCCGGUUUUGCUUUUACCGUCACUUCCGAGUUGAGGCAAUUCGACGCCGGCGUCCUAGAAGUUGGGCUGAUCUAUUCGGACGUGAUGUCAAUUCCGCCCGGGCAAUCGGCUUUUCCCCUCACUGGCAUCUGCCCCACAUCAUGCACAAAACGCUUUCCCGACGACGGCAUCAACGUGUUCGGCACGCAAUUACACGCCCAUUUGACCGGCAGGAAAUUGUGGACGUCAAUUUAUCGAAAAGGCCUGAAAAUCGGCGAACUCAACCGGGACAACCAUUUUUCGCCGCAUUGGCAGCACAUUAUACGUCUCGAUCCACCAGUUAAUAUUAAGAAGGGUGAUGUACUAAUGACAACCUGCGUUCACAACACUAUUCAACGCGCCGGGAUGACUUUUGGUGGCUACGAGAUCACAAACGAGAUGUGCGUCAAUUAUAUCCAUUACUAUCCGGUGGCCGAUAUUGAAGUGUGCAAGAGUGCCGUCAGCAACGCCAGUCUACACGGCUUUUUUGAGCGCAAGAACGUUCCUUCCAAGAUCAAGGUGAUCUCGGAAAAGUUUGCGUCGAUGGAGUGGAACGAGGAGAAUGUGGCCGACUUGGGAGAGUUGUACGCCAACUCGCCGCUGAACAUGCACUGUUUGAGGCAUGACGGGACGCCGUUUCCGGAUCCCAAUCUAAACUGGGAAAACCUUCGACGGCCAUUCCCGCUGGCCGCCCCGUUUGAUCGCGCUGCGCAGCGCGUCGAAUGCCAGGCCAUCAAUGAU